AGUUCUGAUGUCAGAGCUGUGUGCUGUUGGUCCACCUCUUUUAUACAAACCAAAUUUUCAGCCUGUCCGCUUCUGCCUGUGUUAAACGCUGCUGUUUUUACUGGUUUAGAGACUGAAACAGCCAUGUUGCUGGCACAGGCUGGGUGUUUGUUUAUGGGCUUCGUCCUGCACAUCUCAGGGGUUCAUGGAAGAGCAAAUAGGAUGUGUGCUUUAAAAGGCUCUUCCUUGGAACUGCCCUGCUCAGCUGAACAUCUCACCUCAAGCAAGAAAUGGUACACUCUGCACGGGAAGGACCGCGGCUACAUUCUGAGUAACUUCUCUGGAGAUGGAAAUCGUGUAAGUUACAACACGUCUGAAGGGAGUAAUUUCACUCUAACAUUCAACGACCUGAGAGAGAGUGAUGAAAAUGUUUACUGCUGCGGCCCCAUGACUGAGGUCCCAGGGCACUGCUGGUUCCACAGAAUUGAGCUCCAAGUUACAGACCUGCAGGUAAAGGCGAUUCCCACCACAGAGGGACAGAAAGUCACACUGAUGUGUAGCACCAGCUGUCCUCUGACUGAAAACCCUGAAGCCUACAUCUGGUACAAGAACGGAGAGCUUCUCUAUCAGGACUGGUCUCCCUGGUACCAAGAGCUGGUCAGCAGUGAGGAAGACAUCAGAUACUCCUGUGCUAUCAAAGGCGUCAAGAAUCUCAGUGCCCCUGAAAUGUCAGUGGAUUCCGUCACACUGACCUGCUUUACUGUGACCUACGCUAACGGGGGAAUGUGUUCUUAUAACGAGACAUCAGUGGAUGAGCCCUGCUCCAUCACAUAUCCCAGAGAAAUAUAUGUUCAAAGGACACAUAUAGAUGUGGAAUAUGUCAGACUGACCUGCACCCCCGGCUGUCCUCUAACUGACUCUCAAACCGCCUAUAGGUGGUACUGGAACGGCCAUCUUUACAGAUACUCAGAGAGUCAAAACUUUACAGUUCCCUUUAAGAGCUCUGAGGACAGCUUCUUCUGUGCUGUAAAAGGCCACGAGGAUCUGCGCACGGCUGAAGUCUGUUCUCUGGGUCACGCCUGCUGGAAUGUGAAUUAUGUCAGCAGAAGAAUCUGUGCCCUGCAAGGCUCUUCAGUCAACAUUUCAAGCGAAAACUUGUAUCCUGUAAAUCUGAAGCCAUUUUGGUAUAAAGUGAAGAACAGCAAUAAGGAGGAUGCUGAAGAGCUGAGCAGCGCUGGUCGUGUCAAGUACCGUGACAUGAAUGGACACCAAAUCCUGCAAAUCACAAACCUAACGAGGAAUGACUCAGCAGAAUAUACACUCAGAAUCCAGACGUAUAACAACAAACGGAAGUGGUCUAUUUUUCCUGGGGUGACUUUGGUUGUCUCAGGCCUGAAAGUGAGGAUGACUCCUUCUGCUGUGGUGACAGAGGGCCAGAGAGUCACACUGACCUGCAGUACCAACUGUCCUCUGACCGGCGAUACAACCUACAUUUGGUACUCGAACAGUCGACCUCUGACCCUGCCAGGGAACCAAAACAAACACCUGGUUUUAGACCCAGUCAGCUGGCAGCAUGCAGGAAACUACUCCUGUGCUGUCAAAAAUAUCACAUCCCCUGUAGAGACUCUGACUGUUCAAGUUCUUGGGAUGUCAAUAGCAGCAAUUAAUAUAUUACGACUGACUGUUGCAUUUCUGAUCCCAGUUCCUCUACUUGUCUUCCACGUGUGGAUGAGAUGGACUCGUCCAAGUUGGUAAGAGCUGACCAUUGCAAAGGCACUUGUAAACUCAACAAAUGGCUUUGAAAGCUUGUCGUGCACUUCUUCCCCCAAGUGGCCAAUAAAUAUUUGAUUGUAAGGUUUGUUGUGUAACGUUG